GAAUUGCACGUGCUCGAUUGUUCCUUUACACUUGAUAACUCUGGCCCACAGUGUACGAUGCCUCCACCAAAGUGCCAUCCUCCAUCAUGGCCGGCAACAUUCAGCACCUCGGCAACUUUGAUCAGUGCGUGGGCGUGCGGGUCGCGGACGCAGACACCGGUUCAGACGUGUUCCGGGGGAAGCACUGCACGGCGACCGUGUCCUUCAGGAUGCCGUCGGCCUCCGGAUGGGGGAAGUCUGCCCUCGGGGACCUGUUGCUGGCCGCCGCUAACGCGUCGGGCGAGCCCCCCGGUGAGAGGAGCGCCGAGCUGGACUGGGCGCUGUGCGUGCCAUCGACGUGUUCGGGCCGCGACGUGCAGCUGGCGCUGGCCGAGCGGCUGGCCGGACUCGCCCCGAACGGCACCGCCACAGCCGAGCCCUUCGUCUCCGUGGCCGACGACCGCUGCCUGGCUGCGGACGGUGGCCGCCAGAACAAGCCCCUACAGCCGCAGGACAUCGCCUUCAUCUGCCUGCUCCUCGUCACCAUGUACGUCAUGGCGGCCAGCACCAUCUACGACGUCCUGUGCACCCCGGCGCCCGGCGCCAGCGCCACGGACCGCCCCGCGCCGCUGUCCCGCGUGCAGCAGCUGCUCGUGUCCUUCUCGCUGCGGCGCAACGGCUCCACGCUGCUGUCCACGGCGCGCUCGGGCGACACCAUGAGCUGCAUGCACGGCCUGCGCGUGCUCAGCAUCUCCUGGGUCGUGCUGCUGCACUCGUUCUACAUGGAGGCGACCUCGCCCAACGUCAACCGGGCCGUCGUGGCCAAGCUUGGCGAUUCCGUUGGCAACAUGGUCUUGCUGAACGCCACCCUCUCGACGGACACCUUCCUGUUGCUGUCCGGUGCGCUGCUCGCCGUCAGCUUCCUGCGCACGGCGGGGUCCUCCGGCCGACUCUCUUUCAACCCGCUCUCCUUCUACUGGCACCGCUACGUCCGCAUCACGCCCGUGUACGCCGUCGUGCUCUGGUUCUACGCCAGCCUGCUGGUGCGACUAGGUAGCGGGCCGCUGUGGGACCGCCUCGUGGGCCCCGAGACGGACAACUGCGUCCUCAACUGGUGGACCAACUUGGCGUACGUCAACAACUUCGUGCAGCUGGCGGCGCCGUGCAUGAACCAGACGUGGUACCUGGCCGUGGACAUGCAGCUGUUCUGGCUCUCGCCUCUGGUGCUUGUGCCGCUGAUGCGCUGGCCACGCUUCGGGCGAGCCCUGUUGUUCGUCCUGGUGAUCGCGGCCGUGUGCGUCCCCUUCACCAUCACCUUCGUCGGCAAUCUGGCGGGCGCCAUGCUGUACACCCUCGACCAAUCCAUGCUGGGCCAGGUGUUCGUGGACGUGUACACGCGCGUGUACAACCGCGCGGGGCCGUACCUAGUGGGCAUCGCCCUGGGCUGCGUCCUGACAGAGGUGCGAGGCCGCCGCGUUCACAUGUCCCCGGCGCUCGUGGCGCUGGGCUGGGCCGCCUCGACGGCCACUUGCCUCGCCGUGCUGUUCGGCGUGUUCGGCUUCUACCAGCGCUGGCACCAGUACUCGGCCCUGGAGGCCGGCCUGUACGCCGGCCUGCACCGCACGGCCUGGGCCGUCGGCGUGGCCUGGGUGGUGUUCGCGUGCGUCACGGGCCACGGGGGCGUCGUCAACUCGCUGCUGUCCUGGAGGCCGUUUGCUCCGCUGGCGCGCCUCUCCUACUGCGUGUACCUGACGCACUACGCCGUGCUCAUGGUGAGCCACGGCCUGCGCCGCUCUCCGGGGUACUUCAGCACCUUUCUUACGGUCCAGGAAGCCAUCGGCACUCUCACCAUCUCCUUCUUCAUCUCGGCGCUGCUGUCCGUGGCGUAUGAGAUGCCGUUCCUGGUCCUGGACCGCGUGCUGAUCCCCAGAGGUCCCGCCCCGAAGAAGGUGCAGUCCAUCGGCAGCGACUGCAGCAUCGCGACGGUGGAGGGCCACCGGGAGAGCCACCCCGACAUCCACGCCUACGACAACGCGGGCUUCGAAAAGAUGGUCGAAAAAUGAAGGUCACCCUGUGGUUUUCAGGGGUUGUGUGCCGCUAGACAAAGACAGACAAAGAGCAAUGGGGUGGCGGCAAGUAAGAAAGAUAGCGCAUUAUCUCGGGGACUUUUGUUGUUUUAUGACAAGCUGCCGGCGUUCCGGGCACGGUGGGCGUACAAGCGAAACUGCGUAUUCGUAGCUUUGUACAAUUCCACUAUUUUGAUUGCUGACGAAGGGUUCUUAUGUUUCGCCCAAAUUACGCUCGUUCCUAACUAAGUACAAAACGUUAUUGUUAGGUGUGAUACUGUAAUUUCAGUUAUGCUGUGUAAUAUUCGUAGCCUACGGGUAGGAACGGUGUUCUAUCAGUCUAGUCUAGUCAUGUUUAUAGUGCUAGCUGGUGCCGCUUAGUCAUAUAUUUAUAGUUAAAGCUUGUUUCUGUUUUGUGAUGGGCAGCCUCCCCUCCGCUUCUGGAGGAGGUCAUCAGAAGCCUCCCCCACAGAAAUCUACUUAAUGAUCGUCUUCACCCAAAAUUAUUCGCACGUUCAUGACCAUUAAUUUUUAAAUAUAGCUCUAGUUUUCUAAUCUGCUUGUGCUUCUGACAGCAAACUCAUGCUUCAAUUUUUAUUUUUAUGUUAUGACGCACGCACAAGAUAAGAUCCUAUAUGUAAGCUACAACUUGCACCAAAGAGAGCUGUGUAACCCUAGAUGCAAUUAAGUGGAAUGCUGUUCCUCACAGAUGUGAACUUAUAAUACUAAUGUUUAAACGGUGUAUGCUCAAAAUAAGAUAUCCAAAUUUAGUAUUAAUACAAUACCUACGACGACACGCCAUCAAUUGGUGCUCCGAGGCAGUUUUAAUCCUGGUGACGAAAAUCUGCCGUAGAACGCACGCGUUCCCGCUGUGCGGUAAAGCGUGUACCCGGUGUGCAACUAUGCAAUUCUUUAAAAUGUUCCUUGGAACGUGUACUUAAAUACAAGUCUGUGAUAAGAAUGUAUUGUGCGAGAGGCACACGAUAUUGAAUAAAACUAAACCGAACUAAA